UUUAAAUUCAAAAUGGAAGUAGAGGAAAGCAACCAGCAAACUUUCAGUGCUGAUAUAGGCUCUGUUGUGUGGUGACCUUCUAUGGAGCUGUAUGGGGUCAUUGCUAAGGAUGAACCGGUAUUUGAGAUUAGGAGGUGUGAUGUUAAUAGUCAGGCGGUUUUUCCGUCAGAGAAAGAAGUCAGCCAGUUUAUGUUCAUGGAUGAUAAGGCGCUGCGGACUAUAAUAGCUUAUAAAGACUCUUCCUUGGUGAUUGUAAAUACUGAUGAUGGAACAGAAAUGGAUGAAAUUAUGGCAGGAAAAUCUCCCAUAACAGCAAUUGAAGUAAUGACAUCUGCAGAAGAACGGAGCAGGGGUAAAAAGAGUAAGAAAGGUACUGAAAAAUACCUCUUGCCCAUUGAGUUCAAAGAAAGUACUAAAAAGUUUAAAAGGAAAUUAAGAUACCUUGAGGGAUAUCAAAAUCCUGUAUUCUGUUUUGUAGCCAAUGAAGAGGGACAAUUAAGUAUUUACAUGAAUGGAGCAUUUCCUGUGACACAUUUGUCCAUUGCAAACACCAUGCAAUUAGAAGGACACGAUAUUCUUGUCAAGAAAAUGAAGACAACAAAAGACCUUAGUAAGUUAUUCAUGCUAUCCAACAUUGGACCAUCUUCACUAUUAAUGACUCUGGACACAAGAUUUUUGGGGUACAAAUCAGGAGCAAUCCAUGCAAUGGCUAAACUAAUUUAUGAAUCUAAUGAAUAUGUUUCCUUCAUUCAGAAGAAUUAUGAGCAAUGUUGGACGUUUUUCAGCAAGGCACUUAAGAAAUAUAAUGCAGAGCUGUUUCUUAUAGAAAAAGCAUGCUUAAAAGCAGAAAAAGCACUAUAUGAAAAGCAGGAGAAGAAAUCUAAAGAUGUCCGGGAAGACCUCAAAAUGAUGAUUAUGUACUCCCACAUGACCAAGGGAUUUGAGUCUUAUUUAUCAAAAAUUGCAACUGAGAGAAAAGAGCUUGUUAAAAGAGAUGAGAUCAUCCAAACCGAGCUUGAGGAGAUUUUAAAGGUCAUCACUAAGGACAUAAUGACAAGUAUUGAAGUUAUAUUGCUUAAAUUAUCAACUCUAAGAAGUUAUUCAUUGAUCAAAGAGAAAUAUCAGAUUCUUGGACUUGACACAGAAAUGAUAGAUCAAGCAAUUGAGAAGUUAUUUGUACUGUAUGCUAAAUCUGAGCAGUUAAAUCUUAAUGUAGUUGAAGCAAAACUUAACACUAAGAAUUUCUAUACCUUUAUCAACAAGCUUAGCUUCAAAAUUGAUAAUGGAGAUGGCGCCCCAGAUGAAUCUGAAUAUGCUCUAAACCCACUUAAUAAAAUUAUAUAUGACUCUACUAGACUUUUGAAGUUUCUUGAGAGUGAUAAGGAUCUAUUUAAGAUGAAUAACCUCAAGUCUUUGCUUGAGAAAUCAUCAGGAAUGAUGUCUACUUUCUCUAAAACUCUCGAUACCUCAAAAACUCCUGACAAAACGCUAAUGGAUAACCUUGUAAAGGCAUUUGCAGGAAAGAAGAUUUCAGAUUCAGAGGAGAGAGAAAGUCAUUCUCAAGAAAAGAUCUCAUCAAUUGUAGCUGAGAUUAAGGAAAUAUUCCAGCAGAUUUAUAAACUACCAGAGUCCCGUAUUUCCAAGUAUUACCAGCCAUUGCAGAAGAUCCAGCUGACAUCUUCAGAGAAUGAUCAAGUCCUUGACUUUUAUGUGGACUCCUUUAAUGAGUUUGAUGCAAAAGAAGAGUCUAAACUAAGGAAGAGAGAGGUCAACCUUUGAGAUAGGAAUGGAUACAAGUCAGACGUCAUAACCGCUGUGAAAUAUUGCUGCAGAAAUGACAUCAAUGUAAUCUGUAUCUACUUCCAAAGAUUAGACAAGAAGUUAGACCUGAGCGAUAGUCAUAGUAUCAAUUUAUGUCUGUAUGAAAUUCCUGAGAACUAUGAUAUCACAGAAGCUGUGUUCCAUACUAAGAAUAUCCUGCUUGGCAUCCUUCGUCCUUGGGAUGAUUCUGAGAGCAACUCCUAUAUCCUAAAGAUCAACCUCGAGAAAGCUGUCUUUAAGGAGAUCUCUACUGAUGACCUGAACCCUAACAGGAAUAAUUCAGAUGAUGGAUCAGAGGAUGAAGAGAAGUGCAUGGAGUAUAAUCUUGAAGAGUUUGUCAAAGCCAAUUUUGAUGAGUUCCCGAGGGAGGUGAUUCAGAGCCAUGAUAUUAUUGAGAAGAUUAAUGAUAGAGAUGCUUAUGGGUUAGCGUCAUCUGGAGGAAAGCAGUGGUCGGUGGUACAUAAAAGAAGGAAUGUGUUGUUUAGGAGUAUAUAAAAACUUCAUUUUUGA